UUCUUUCUCUAUAUGUGAAACGCGUCGCGCAUGAAUUGUGGUGUAUGCGGUUGUGGCUUGUGGCCUGUGGUCGACAAGCCGAGAUCGUCCGAUAUGCGCGCAUACGUAAUACGCGCGUAAUUUAUUAUUAUAUUACACACAUUAUCGUCACUCGCAUCGCGCGAGGUCUCGAUUCGCGACGAAGACGCAAUUAUAUCUUUCUGAGUGAAAAUCAGAUCGAAAUCUGGUGUUCACGAAACGUGUGCGAGGUAGAAUUCUCUCAACGCUUGCACGAUGAAUCAAUGUAACAAUUUAAACGAUUUUGCGGACGAUGCGAAUAAAAAAGAAAAAUAAGCAGAAGGAAUAUUCAUACAAGAAAAUCGGAGUUUCUCGUGCAAUCGACCGCUUCUCGUCAUAGGACGAUAUUUCGCGUAAAUGUGCGGUGAUUGACGAUUGUUGAGUCAACGUUGGAUUUGUUAGGUGGUUAGAUUUUCGGAGAAUUUCAGAAUGUAUCGUAAAUUCAAGUACGAGGUGGAAUACCUGACCGAAGAACACCUCACGGGGUUCGAGAGCUACAAAUACAGCUCCUUGGAUACAAGCCCCCUAAGUGUAUAUGUAAUGCAUCCCUUUUGGAACAAAGUAGUACAGUAUUGUCCAAAAUGGGUUGCUCCAAAUGUACUAACCUUCUCUGGAUUCCUCUUUACCGUGUUGAAUUUCAUGUUAUUUGCAUAUUAUGACUACUACUUUUACGCAUCCAGUGAUGACAAGCCGGAAUAUCCUCCAAUAUCACAAUGGAUCUUUGCUGUAGCUGCUUUUAACAUUUUUAUGGCAUAUACGCUUGAUGGGAUAGAUGGAAAGCAGGCGAGACGUACACAAACCUCUGGUCCAUUAGGAGAAUUAUUCGAUCACGGCUUAGACAGUUGGACUGCUAUGUUGAUCACUGUGUGUAUGUACUCAGUUUUCGGCAGAACGGAUCACAGUGUUUCGCCGUUACGAAUGUACUUUAUACUAUGGAAUGUAUUUAUUAAUUUCUAUCUGAGUCAUUGGGAGAAAUAUAACACUGGUGUGCUAUUUCUUCCUUGGGGAUAUGAUGCUUCCAUGCUAGUAAGUUUACUUAAACCAUAAUUCAUAUGUGUGUACAAUUACAUAUAAAAAAAAAUAUAUGUAUCAGCAGGGAUGAUGUUUGAAAUGCUGUUUUACGUUAGUGCGCUUGUGUCCAACUUGCCAGUUGUUCUUUGGAACAUAUAUAAGUCAUAUAGAGAUAAGAGCGGCAAAAUGCGAACGUUUCCAGAGGCCAUAAGGCCGUUGGUGCCUUUAAUUUUGCUCUUUGCAAUUUCCACAAUCUGGAUAAUGCAUUCUCCAAGUAACAUUCUAGAAAAGGAUCCAAGAAUAAUAUAUUUUGCUAUUGGGACUAUUUUCUCCAACAUAUGUUGUCGAUUAAUCGUAUCACAGAUGAGUAAUACUAGAUGUGAAGUAUUACCAUGGAUACUGUUGCCAGUCGCAGUAGCCGCUACUUUCUCGUUUAUGUUACCUAGCAUAGAUUUGGAAUCUAUGUAUUUAGUCUCCAUAAUAGCACUGUUGGCACACAUUCAUUAUGGUGCUUGUGUGGUGCGUCAAAUGUGUCGUCACUUUCGUAUUCAGACGUUCUCCAUAAAAAAUCAUUCCGAAUGACUACUUGCCGACGAUAUAUGUUAAAAACGAAGGAAAUACGAGGUAAAAGAAAAAAAAAGUUGUUAAAACCGGCGCAGAGAAGCAAACAGGGAGAAGAGAUCUGACACACAUAAACAUACAAACUUGUUAUUAGAUUUAAUCACUAGGAAUGAAGUUAAUUAUCAUGACAAAACACUUAUUGAAAGAACAAGGAAUUCCUAGAAUCACAUCCUUCACGCGAGAUAUGAUUAUAUAAAAAUGCUACUUGCAGAGAUUGUGAUAGCUUUAUUUUGCUUCACAUAUCUAACAUAAUCGUAUCUGCUGAAUUGUCUGUUUAUUUCUAUGCCAAAAACAAAAUUCUCCGAAUCCGUUCUAUAUUAUCUUACUGUGAUAUAUUUAAUUAUCCGCGCAUCACUUCUUUACUUUUGAAAGGUGGUUUGUUCAUAAACAUUCCCCCUCAUAUAUUCCGCUUAAAGCACUGGUUUUAUACAUGUAUGUGUGUACAAAUACUUUUUCUUUGAAUGCUGCUAACUUCAUCAAGCGUUAAACUGUAAAAAUAUACAUUUCUUCGUUUUUGACACAUAUCGUCCCUCGGAUGUUAAUCAAUUUACUAAUAAUGUAAUAUCUAUUGUUUUCUCCUUCUCUUUUCUGUAAUUUUCUUGUUUCUUUCUUUCUAAAUGCUGUAUAAAUUAUCAUCGGCUAUUCAUAUAUGUUUCAAUAAUAGAAUAAUGCAUGUUAUAGUAAUAUACAAGUCAUAUUUAGUACAAGUUAAUAUAUAUGAUAAAGGAUCGAGUGUAUUAUUGUUUAUAUUAGAGUGUAAAUUUGUGUUAAGAUUUGUACGACUAUAAUUAUUACAUCAUAUGAUUUCCAUAUGAAAUUGCAAUGCAAAAUUCUGACAUAGUCAAAUGUAAUUUCAAUAACAAAAAUUGUUUUGCCCUUUUUUACUUUAAAACGAAAAUUUUUGUUUACAAUUGUGUAGAUACAUUAAAGUAAUAUAUUUUCAAAAAAGACGUAUGUGUGAAAUAAAAUACAUUAAAAUAUAUACUGGAAGAAAUUUAAGCUAGUAAGACAUUUAUUUGACAAAUAUUAAUUUUUUUUUUUUU